AUGUGUUGGUCGGAUCCAUUCAGCAUAAUUCAAAAUGUAUACACUAUCGACACAUACUUGAACUUUUUAUCAAGAAAAGAACGGCGAGCGUUGACGAUGAAUGGUAUCGUUCUUCCCGAGCGGCAAAAAUCAAGACUUUUUGAUUACCCUACUUACCUGAAAGAAUUAAAAUUAAGUCAGUUGUGGAAUGCGGCGGAUGACUGGUGGAUUAUGAAGUCAAGAACUCGUUUCAGGAUAGAUAAGCAGAAGAGAAUGUUGACAAAGACAUUAGCCAAGUUAUUCUUGGGGCCAAGAUCAAGGAUCCGAUGCCUUACAAUCGACUCUUCAAUUUUAAUAAAAAGUGACUUUGUAGACCUUCGAUUGACUUUUACCCAGCUGAAUCGAUCUGUGCAUCAGCUUUGCAUUGACAAGGUCUUCGACUGGUCGAUGUUUUCGGCUCUACAACGUUCACCUGCAGUAGAGUCUAUCACAACAUUGGAUUUGGGGGAAUAUGUUUUCAUGUCUGAUGCAGCAAACGUUUCGAUAACAGACCAGCUACUUCUCGUUGAGCUGAUAUCAUCUAUACGGAAAUUACGGCGCAUACGUAUAUACGGGCAUGGCACUAUGCCCACAGAAGUACUUAGGUCCCUCGGCAAACAUGCAGAUAGUCUCAAGUCAAUUACAUUAGAGUAUAUGGAUUUUAAACUCCUCAGCGAUUCGAAUGCCUUGCAAGCAAUAGAAUCAUGUGUGAUGCUAGAGGAACUCGAAAUAGUCAACUGCUUGAAUGCGACAGAGCGACAGCUUGCCCCUCUAAUGAAUGUGAGAUUUCCUCAUUUGCGCACUCUGCAGAUUAUCACAUCCACGUCCGCGUUCGACACUCUCUUCAUCUCGCUCGCCAGUGCCAACUCUCCGACACUUUGUAAUUUAAUAUUCCAUCCAGCUGACAGUUAUGUUCCAUCGACUUUACGAUCAACAUCAAUAGAAGUGAUAUCAGGGCUACCACAGACAUUCAAUAAACUCGGUAUCCCGUUUGAUCCAACGGACAUGUCGUUACUUAGAAAGCUGCUUUCUUGUCCGGAAUUUACUAUUGAAGAAUUGAUUUUAUUCUCGUGGAAACGAAAUCCAGAGAAGUGGCAUAGGUUGGACAUUGAAUUACCGGAACGUUUGAAAGUGAUUCGAAUAUAUACUAUUGGUGGGUCAAGGGUAAACGACUUUGAGAACAGUCUGGGGGCGAAACGAAGCAGGUUGGAGUGGAUUUAUCUUCCAAGAUGA